GUGCCUGCUAAAUCAAUCAAUCAUCCUUCUCCAUUCCGUCAAGAUUGCCUCAACUUUCUUCAACUCAUCACAUCUGAACGAACGGGAAACUCUUCCACACAAGCCUCGUUCCACAAUUGAAGAAGGAGAAGACGGACUUGGUCUCAUUACACUUUGAUAUACUUCCUUUUAAUCAUUUCAACAAAGAAGAGCAAGAUCUUUACAAUAAUACCCGGCAAUUGCCAUAAACACUCACUCUCUCGGAACAGCACCGUUCGAUCUAUACCACACUACACUACACUACACUACACUGCACUAUACCAACCCAAACCCAAACCCAAGCCAAACCAAACCAAUCCAGCGAAAGAUUCCUUAAUACCUCCUCCGAUAGCUGAAUUGCUUACAUUCAGCCAAUUCCAAAUUUCAGUCACCCAUCAAUUUCGGGAAGCUAUCAUCCAUUUGGUCGCAACCCCCUACAGCCUCAUCAGCAAUUGAAACAUUAACGAUAAUCAUCAAGCUGAGAUUCAAUUGAUCUCAUAACCCACACAUUCAUCAAUCCGACCGAGAUGUCGUCAAACUCGAACGAUGUAUCGCCAGAGGCGAUGCAGUCGCGUAUUCAACAAGCCCGUCGUGAAGCCGAGUCAUUAAAGGAUAGGAUAAAGCGCAAGAAGGAUGAUUUGGCAGAUGCAACGCUGAUGAACCUUGCGAGGGCUCAACAAGAAGCUUUACCCAAGAAUCAAAUGAUGAAGACCCGAAAGACAUUAAAAGGACAUCUCGCAAAGAUUUAUGCAAUGCACUGGUCAACCGAUAGAAGACAUUUGGUAUCAGCAUCGCAAGACGGUAAAUUAAUUAUUUGGGAUGCAUACACAACCAACAAAGUCCAUGCUAUUCCUCUACGAUCUUCGUGGGUCAUGACCUGUGCCUAUGCACCAAGUGGUAAUUACGUCGCAUGUGGUGGAUUGGAUAACAUUUGUUCUAUUUACAACUUAAACUCAAACCGUGACGGACCUACAAGAGUAGCUCGGGAACUGUCUGGACAUUCUGGUUACCUUUCUUGUUGUCGAUUCAUCAAUGACCGAAGUAUCCUUACAUCUUCAGGAGACAUGACUUGUAUGAAGUGGGAUGUCGAGACAGGAUCAAAGGUCACCGAGUUCGCAGAUCAUUUGGGUGAUGUUAUGAGCAUCAGUAUUAAUCCAACUAACCAAAAUACAUUUGUUUCAGGCGCUUGCGAUGCCUUUGCGAAACUUUGGGAUGUUCGUGCAGGCAAGGCUGUUCAAACUUUCGCAGGACAUGAAUCAGACAUCAACGCCAUUCAAUUCUUCCCAGACGGACACUCCUUUGUCACCGGUUCCGAUGAUGCUACCUGCAGGCUUUUUGACAUUCGUGCCGAUAGAGAACUUAAUCAAUACGGACAUGAAUCCAUUCUCUGCGGUAUCACAUCUGUGGCCUGCUCUGUAUCUGGCAGGCUUUUAUUCGCUGGUUACGAUGAUUUCGAGUGCAAGGUGUGGGAUAUCACUCGCGCUGAGAAGGUCGGAUCAUUGGUUGGACAUGACAAUCGUGUCAGUUGUUUGGGUGUUAGUAAUGAUGGAAUGAGUUUGUGCACUGGAUCGUGGGAUUCAUUGCUCAAACUCUGGUCCACAUAACUUACACUAUUUUACUCCCACUUCAGCUCAAGGUUUGGGCCAUGUAGAUCUGGUCUAUUAUUUCGACGAUAACGAAUUUUCGUCGCAUGCGGUGUCAUUUUUCAUUUGGCAAUCCCAUUUUUACUUAAUCGCCCUCCCAAAUACGACUUCUUAAUAUUCAUGGCUUUCGGCAUAGAUUGGUCGAAGUCUUUACAACAGUAUCCAUCAUACUUCAGCGACAGAUGGCCCUUCUCGAUCGAUUACUUCCGAUACAGUAAAAUAGCGGGCCCAACCAGUUGCGCAUAUAAGAUUCUGUGCACAAUAAUUCUUCAUUUCGACGUUCUUGUUUCUAUGGGAGGUCCUAUUGCAUUGCUUUUUCAUCAGCGUUCUUAAGCACUGGGACUUUGCGACGAUAUCCUGCAGAGACACUUGUUUUUUUUUAACUUUACACUCUCCAACACACGACAUCUUCCAAUUUUCUUCCGUGUCUUUUCUUUUUUUUAUUUUACUUUUAUCAAAAUCUCCGAGGGGCAGUUAUAUGAUUGCGGUGGGGGAACAGGAGGAGAAUAAAUACAAGGGGAUGGGUGAUGAUUAGCGAAGUCGACAGAAAGUCUCUCACAACUAUUUUGUAUGUGGUAUCUGGCAAACUGGGUUGGCAUCUCGAAAGUGAACCUCCAGAUCAUACAUUUAGUAUAUGCAAUUGUGAAAGUUGGUCAAGAUGGAGGAUGAAGAGAGGAGUUUUCCAAGGGGGGACAGGACUCAUAACUAAGGCUCUGUAAUGCAUCGGCAUGUGAAGCACCACUGCAGCAUAAGUUUAACAAUUAUUGAAUCUGGCGUCGGUUCCAUACAAAGCUUGUAUUAUAGUCUAAUAAUGCCCUUGAUAGAUAUGUCUUUUUUAUUACUUUUUCUUUCUCUUCUUUGCAUGGUGACGAAGUGUGUCUUUUUGCCUGGGCUUGGUGUAGGAUUGGGCAAUAGGGAGUCUGGAUGGAACCGAACUGAAACUUGAGAGGGGAGUUGGUUGUUGAUGUGGUGUUAUGUUAAUCGAGUCUUUGUUGAAAAAGUUUUUGUAGAAUAGCAAGUUAGGUGAAGAAUUGAAUUGAGUUGAAUUGACUUGACUACAAUAAUAAUAAGGGUUAUUAAGAGUCUA